GAUCUCUGGUUUUUCAUGUUCUAAAAACCUAAAAAUCUCUCCUUUUCCUUAACUUAAUCACAAUCUCCAUUCAUCUUCUCCUUCCUCUUCUUCUUCUUCGGCCUCGGCAUCUUCCAUUGGCUUGUCGGUUCCGUUUCCUCUCGCUGCGGCGACGACGCGGAUAGGGGGAGCUUCGCAGGUACGCUUCCAUUCCGCUCCGCCAUCAAUCGGUUCUUUUCGUCUGCUCGAUCACCGACGCGAUGCGGCAAUUCGGGAUUCGGUCGCGUUUCCGGAUUCCGGGUUCCCGAUUCGAAUGUAAUGUGUGUUUUUGACGCCGGUGGUUUUUUGUCAGGUGAGGUGCCCCGCCACUCGUUGUCAUACUCCUCGUUCUGAUUAGGGCAUACUGUUUCUGAUGAUUUUUUAUUUCCGGGGUUCGCUUUGGAGCGCGAUUGUAACCAUUUUGUUUUCUGCGGAUGGAUGAGCGCUUUUUUUCUUUUCUGUGAAUUGUACAACUUCCUUUUUUGGAAUUGCGAAAUGAAGGGUUUCGGGCAAAAAUGUUUUUUUCCGGAAGGGGACGUGUUAUAGGUUGUAGCUGGGGCGUGUGGCGGUAGCGAAGGCUAGGAUAGGGUGAAAGAUGACUGAUUUUCAACCGCUUCAGCAAAAGCCCGAGUCGACCGGCGAUGUUUGUUCCGAAUUCGAGCGCGGGCUGGAGGAGCUCAUGCGGGGUCACUUGGACGACUGUAUGUCGUUUGCCUCGUGUAGCUCGACGCGAACGCCCGACGAGGAAGAUGACGAGGGCGACCAGUUGGUGAGGCGGAGACGGAGAUCCGAGCUCGAGGGCGAUGACCUGGCUGAGUCCUCGGCUGCAAGGAGGCGCCAUUCGCGCAUUUUGAGCAGGUGGGCUGCUAGACAAGCCCAGGAAAUGAUCACGACCAUCGAGAGGAGAAAUAGGGAGUCUGAGUUAAUGGCAUUGGCUGGUUUGCAGACCGUAUCGAUGCUUGAUGCGUCGUUCCUCAGGGAGUCUCAGUCACCGACUUCCCUGAGGCAAGGUGCUGCGGAGCAGCCGAACACUCGGGCUUCGUCUAUUUUGCAGAUGUGGAGGGAAUUGGAGGACGAGCAGUUGCUGAGUCGGGCCAGAGAAAGGGUGAGGGAGAGAUUGAGGCAGCGGAGGAGUGUUGAGCCUAACACAAAUUUGUCCAGCACCAAUAUGUCUGAGAGUAGGGGCACUGAGAUUCAGGGAAGUGUUGGGGAUGUGAGUGAGAGUGAGAAUGAGUAUGGUACUUGGUCGCAUGAUCAGACACAAAAUGAACCUCGGGAUGAUAAUGGGUCAAGUAGGGAGCAGUCUCCCGAUCUUGGUGAGGUUGAGAGGGAGAGAGUGAGGCAGAUUGUCCGGGGAUGGAUGGAGAGUGGGAUUGGUGACCAUUCUUCAAAUGGCAAUCACAGAGACAACAGAUCGCGAGCAGAAUGGCUUGGUGAAACAGAGCGCGAAAGGGUGAGAAUUGUUAGAGAGUGGGUGCAAAUGGCUAGUCAGAGAAGGGAUGCUCGUGGUAGCCGGAGGGAAGAGCAGGAAGAGGGAGCAAGACAAGGUACUCAAGGUGAUGGAGUUCGUGAAGGUUCUGUUGCUGACACCGAGGAUGGUCAACCAGAGCAUAUUCGGCGGGACAUGCUCCGUUUGCGUGGAAGACAAGCCCUGAUUGAUUUGCUCAUGAGAGUUGAGAGGGAACGACAAAGAGAACUUCAAAAUUUGGUGGAGCAUCGGGCUGUAUCUGAUUUCGCUCACCGUAAUCGUAUUCAGUCACUACUACGAGGGCGAUUUUUGCGAAAUGAAAGAACGGUUGAAGAAGAAAGGCCUCCUUCUAUGGCAGCAAGUGAAUUGGUACAGUUGCGACAACGACAUACUGUUUCCGGUUUAAGGAAUGUGAGGACUCCUGGAACUUCACUGGAUGGUCAACAAGAAACCCACGAACCGUUACAAUCCACUAGCCAGGCAAAUGAUAGUAACCGAUCAUUGGAUCGAGCAAGAAACAACGAAAACAAUGCAGGUGCUGAAGGUGUGAAUUGGCAGGAUACAUCUAAUGAAAGUGGCAACUGGGAACAGAAUUUGGCUGGUGAGAGGGGAGAAGGGCAACAACAAACUGCUGCACAAUUUAAUGAGUUUAGGGAUGAUAACAUUGCUGAUAUGGAGUUUAGGGAUGAUAAUAUUGCUGAUAUGGAUGGCAAUUGGCCCACAAAUUCAGCCAAUGACUGGGCUCGUGAAGCUCCAACAAAUUUGGGGGAACAAUACCUGCAGCAAACUCAGGGCAUAUGGCAUGAUGUUGGUGGCCCUCACGAAGCAGUGGGAAUGUGGCCAGAAGGGUCUUCUGGUCCUUCUAGAGCACGGCGUGCUGGUCCUCUCAGAAGGUAUAAUAGAUUCCAUCCUCCUGAUGACGAUAACGUUUACAGCAUGGAGCUCAGGGAACUUUUGAGCAGGAGGAGUGUUUCGAAUCUUCUGCGCAGUGGUUUCCGUGAAAGCUUGGAUCAGCUGAUACAAUCAUAUGUGGAAAGGCAAGGUCGUGCUCCCAUUGAAUGGGAUUUGCAAAGAAAUCUGCCUGCUCCAACUCCAACUCCUGCCUCUCCUAGUCAAGAUCAAGAGUUACAGACAGAUCAAGCAGAUGUAACUAACAGACCUCCAAGAGUUCUUCCAGGACCAUCAAUACCCGCACCACAGCCACUGUGGCAUCAGGAUCUACACCAUACUGGAUGGUCUCGCCACAGCAUGCAUCGACCAGAAAUUGAAUGGGAGAUGAUCAAUGAUCUUAGAACAGACAUGUCUCGCCUGCAGCAAGGCAUGAGCCACAUGCAAAGGAUGUUGGAAGCCUGCAUGGAUAUGCAGCUUGAGUUGCAGCGAUCUGUGAGACAGGAAGUCUCAGCAGCUUUAAAUCGAUUUGCUGGUGAUAAAGGUUUGGGUCCUGAGACAUCAGAAGACGGGUCUAGAUGGGCUCAUGUGAGGAAAGGAACUUGUUGUGUUUGCUGUGACAGCCACAUUGAUUCCCUCUUGUACAGAUGUGGGCACAUGUGCACUUGUUUGAAAUGCGCAAAUGAAUUGGUUCGUGGUGGAGGGAAGUGCCCUCUUUGUAGAGCUCCGAUCGUUGAGGUUGUUCGAGCAUACUCCAUACUGUAAGCAGUUGACAGACGUGAAAGAAAGUGUCCAAGAGAACCUGGAAUCCGGAGGGUAAGACCAGUAGAGCCAUGUCCAGUUUCUUUUGGAUGAAGCAGUGCUCCGAGAAUGUUGGCAUAUUCACUUAUUUAUUGCUGUUCUCCUGAUUAUAUGUUGAACGCUUCUCAGUGUAUAAUUGGAAACAAGAAAAUGGCAUCGCCAAUUCAUCAUUCAUGUGUAAAUAAAAUGUCAAAUCUUUCCCCUCUUA